CUAUUAGCAACAGAUUCUAAAGGACAGAAACACGAGAGUAGAGAGCAUAGUAAACUUGAAUCAGACAGCUCUGUCGCCAAGUUGGACUUACAAUUUAUAACAAAUCAUUCGCGGCAGCGACGUCAGAGGACGUCAUUUACACCAUGCCAGCUUUCAGCACUAGAAGAAUUAUUUGCGCGGACACAUUAUCCUGACAUAUUUGUGAGGGAGGAGUUAGCAGCAAAAAUUAACCUGUGUGAGGCCAGGGUACAGGUGUGGUUCCAAAACAGAAGAGCAAAAUGGCGGAAGGAAUUACGUAAGACCGGAAGCAAUGCUGCUUUACGUUACUACAAUCACAUGCCGAUAAAUGACAGUGUCGCGGCAGAUUUGAACAGACGAUUACGUCAGAAUGCCACGUGCGCGCCGCCGGUUAUGCCGCCAUUUCUUGGUGGUAUGGCGCUUCACGAGAAUUCCAUGCAAGAUUUUUGGUAUUCUCACGCUCUAAGAUACUCUGGACUUUUUGACAGAGUGCCACCUGGCGGCGAUCUUCGGAAUCAGCAUCAUCAUAAUUUGCACACGCCACCAAAGUGAAACCCCAUCUUGUGAUACGUCACCAAAAUGAAACUCGAUCUUGGCUGUUGUCACUUGCCGGUGUCUUGUUGAAAAAAAUAACAAAAAAGCAUUUGACUAUUGGGUGUUGGGGAUUUGCCAAUCCGAUUAAAAUACAUCUGUAACUAAUUUUAUAUUACAGGGUGAAGCAGCGAAAUGUUUCAUUUUUAUUUUGGAAAAUAUUUGUAUUGUAUGCAUUUAUAAAAAAGGUCAAAUUUUAUAUACAUUUGUAUCUGUAGUGGUUGGAAUUACAAUUUUGUAUAUUUUGUCGAAUGAAAUCGUCCUAUUUUUCACAUUCUUUGAUAUAUUUAACUUAUCUAAUCAAAUGGUUAGUAAAAGGCCCUUUAUACCUCAGAAAUCUUCUUACUUUUAUUUCUCAAAGCUUUUUUAUUUUUUGUUUACUUAUAUAGUUUCCAAAAUGUUACUCAUUGGUCAAUAAACAUCUUCUCGUUCUGUUGCUAUAUCGAUGUAAGUUGCUUUUUUGUAAGUUUUUAUCAUCAACCAAUGAUACAAUGUAUAUUCAUUGGUAAAACUAUGAAAAAAUUAGUUGAUAUUUUAGGUGUGUUUGUUUGACUGUCACUAUAAAAUGUUUUGACAGUUUUUACAUUUUCAUGUGGGUUAAAAUGUGCAAUAUGAACUACAGAUAUUAUUUGUGUAUAUAUUAAAUAUAUAUGUUAUCACUUGUGUCUGAAAGAAAAUGUUUUAUAAAUAAAAUGUGUGUUGUUGUUUUUUAUUCCUGUUUUUUUAUUAUACCAAAAAAUAAUAUAUUUUCUGACAUUAAAAUAAAUAAAUAAAUAAAUAAAUAAAUAAAUAAUGCCGCAAUCAAGCUGAAUACGAAGGGAGAUUAAUCUGUCAGUCUUACCAAUACAUUACUGGACAAUACGUCUAAGGGAGACAAUUACAAUUUUAUUCAACGAGUGCAAUAAAUUUAGUAAUGAAAUUACACGAAUUUAAUAUUCUAUUUAUCACAUACCAAAAAUAAAGACCGUUUAAAGUGAAAUAAGAGUCAUUUUACAUUGACGCGCCUAUAGUAUAACGCUAACAUUUAGCGCGUCUUUACACUAUGUUUGUAUAACGCUAAUUAAUGACGUCACGUCAAAAUAUAUGCACGGCCGUGCAAUACCAUAUUUACGGAGUCGCAAAAUCAGCACGGCUGUGUGAUAAAUAGAGGAUAUUGAAUGAGUGUAAGUUCAAUACUGAAUUUAUUGCACGAGUUGAAUAAAAUUAUAUUAUGCGAGCCUCUGGCGAGCAUAAUGUUAUUUUAUUCAACGAGUGCAAUAAAUUCAGUAAUGUACUUACACGAAUUUAAUAUUCUAUUUACCCAUACCCAAAAGAAAGACCGUUGAAAGUGAAAUAAUAGUCAUUUUUCAUUGACGCGUCUAUAGUAUAACGCUAACAUUUAGCGCGUCUUUACACUAUGUUUGUAUAACGCUAAUGACGUCACGUCAAAACAUAUGCACGGCCGUGCAAUACCAUAUUUACGGAGUCGCAAAAUCGGCACGGGUGUGUGAUAAAACCUAAUAUUAGAUACCGCAGCAUUUAAUUGUUGAUGUCGUGUUAGAAUCGAAAUAAUAUAUCCAAAUCGGUGAUUGUAUCGCUUGAUAACAUUACUGUUUGUCGUUCGGAUGCGCAUCGUUAUAUCAGUCGGGCUACGCCCUCGUGAUAUAAUUCCCCGCAUCUGAGAGAUAAAAUCAUUGUUUGGGAUAUAUUAUUUCCUUAGUCAAUAUCAAACAAAAUUGUUGUAUAAGCGGAUGUUUACCACGGAAAUACGGCAGUCUGCGAUAAACACACAUAGUGA